AUGCCUUUAGAUACAUAUAAGGGUCAUGGUUUUCAAAAUGACCUUUUUCAAAUGGUGGCAGAUUUAAAGCCAAAAACUUUUAGGUUCUCAGGAAAUUAUCUAAAAAAUGCAUUUAGGUGGAAAGAUACAGUUGGACCAUGGGAAGAGAGACCUGGCCACUAUAAUGAUAUGUGGAAGUUUUGGACCGAUGAUGAAUUUGAGGAUCUUGGUGCAUGUCCAAUAUGGGUGUUUAAUAAUGGUAUUAGUCACCAUGAUCAAAUUAAUACGUCUGUAAUUUCACAAUUUAUACAAGAAGCUCUAAAUGGUAUUGAGUUUGCUAUAGGUUCUCCUGAAUCAAAAUGGGGUUCUCUUAGAGCUUCCAUGGGACAUCCAAAGCCAUUUGAUUUGAGAUAUGUUGGAGUUGGAAAUGAAGAUUGUGGUAAAUAUAACUAUCAAGGAAAUUAUCUCAAAUUCUAUAAAGCUAUAAAAAAUACAUAUCCUGAUAUUCAGAUUAUCUCAAAUUGUGACGGUUCUCAAUAUCCAUUAAAUCGUCCUGCGGAUCUUUAUGAUUUUCAUAUUUAUACAAAUUCAAAGGACAUGUUUUCCCAAUAUACCAAGUUCGAUAAAGCACCACGAUCUAGUUCAAAGGUUUUCCCAAUGAAGCUGCAUUUCUCAUUGGACUUGAAAAAAAUAGUGAUGUUGUCAGCAUGGUUGCCUAUGCACCCUCUUUGUAAACACAAAUGA